AUGCAAUACCCUUAUUUGAUUUCACGCUUGGUAGACCCUGUUGCAGCUUUGUUUAUCGGAUCCGCUGCCUAUUUUCUUCAAGAGAAGAGACUCGGGCGUGAAGAGGGCCAUACGUUUAUAGAGCUCGCAAUGAAAAGAUGGAGGGGCGAACCUUAA